AUGGCAGAGGAAGCUUGUCAAGUGCGUAGGAUGAAGUUAGGGAGUCAAGGUCUUGAGGUUUCGGCUCAGGGACUUGGCUGCAUGGGUCUCUCCGACUUUUACGGUGCUCCGACACCUGAGACUAACGCCGUCGCUCUCCUCCGUCACGCCAUCAACGCUGGGGUCACAUUUCUCGAUACCUCCGACAUCUACGGUCCCGAGACAAACGAGCUGCUUCUUGGAAAGGCUUUGAAAGAUGGUUUGAGAGAUAAAGUGGAAUUAGCGACAAAGUUUGGGAUCACUGCUUCUGAAGAUGGAAAAUUUGGUUUCAGGGGAGAUCCAGAGUAUGUAAGGAUUGCUUGUGAAGCAAGCUUAAAGCGUCUUGGUGUAACCUGCAUUGAUCUUUAUUACCAGCAUCGAAUUGAUACCACUCUGCCCAUCGAAAUCACGAUUGGAGAGCUGAAGAAGCUAGUUGAAGAAGGCAAAAUAAAGUACAUCGGUUUGUCAGAAGCUUCGGCUUCAACUAUAAGAAGAGCACAUGCUGUUCACCCGAUAACCGCUGUGCAAAUAGAAUGGUCCUUAUGGUCGAGAGACGUGGAAGAAGAUAUCAUUCCAACCUGCAGGGAACUUGGGAUUGGAAUUGUAGCUUAUAGCCCUCUAGGAAGAGGCUUCUUAGGUUUACCAAGAUUCCAACAGGAGAAUCUAGAAAACAACAAGAUUCUCUACGAGAAAGUCCAAGCGAUGGCGACAAAGAAAAGUUGCACUCCUGCACAACUAGCUCUAGCGUGGGUUCACCAUCAAGGAGAUGAUGUAUGUCCAAUUCCAGGAACCUCCAAGAUCCAAAACCUCAACCAAAACAUUGGAGCUUUAUCCGUGAAGCUCACUCCUGAAGAGAUGGUUGAGCUUGAAGCCAUUGCUCAACCGGAUUUCGUGAAAGGUGAACGGUAUGACAACAACAUGGUUACUUACAAAGACUCAGAGACUCCACCAUUGUCUUCUUGGAAAGCAAGAUAA